AUGGCGCUGCAAAAACUGGAAAGUUUCUUUUCUUUUAUUUUCCUUUUCACUUCCAUUUCGGGGCUCGCUCUGCACGCCACGGCCACCACUUCUGCCCCCCAAGAAGCUGCGAGCUUUUACCAACUUUUAAAACUUUCAAAAGGCGCGACGGAGACGGAGGUGAAGAGGGCCUACCGCCGGCUGUCUCUGGAGCUGCACCCAGAUCGGGUGAAAUUGAAAAACGGAGAUUUGAAAAAAGCAGAAGAGACUUUUCAACAAAUUAACAAAGCUUACCAAGUCCUCUCCAACCGGCGUUCGCGGCGCUUGUUUGACGUGUACGGACAGCUGUGGGAGUCGCAGGAAGUUUACUACUUGGAUUUGGAAAGUUCGAAAUCAAAAGAGAUUUAUAAUUUCAAAAAUGGAGUUUUUCUUUUGAGUCUUUCCAACUUGAACUUGCUGCUGCGCAGCAGUCCGUACACCUGGAUCGUGGGCUUCUACCAGGCUGGCUGCGCCAGCUGCGAGCAAAAGGUUCCGUUUUUUUCAGCACUUGGGGAGCAGACGCUGAAGACUGCGGGCGUGCGGCUGGCGAUGGCCAACUGCGUGGCUUCUCCGAUUUGCAAUUAUUUCGGAGUUCGAGAAUUGAAUCAAAUCUACUUGUUUCCCCCCCAGCAGGAGGGAGGCGAAGUUUGGGACCACCAGGAGUACAGAGGGCCUUUGUCUUUUGCUGCAAUUAUAAAAGCAGCAGAAAAGCUGAAACCCGUUUUGCUGCACGAAGCAAAAAGCGACGCCGUUGUGGUGCAGCAGCUGAAAGCAGCACAAACACGCCCAGCAGCAGCAGCAGCAGCAGCAGCAGUUGCUGCUGCGUGGCUGGUGGAUUACUACAGACCUUCUUGUCCGCCUUGUCUUCGACUUCGAUCGGAAUUAAAACUUUUGCAUAAUUCUCUUUCUUCGCAAAUUAAUAUUUCUUUCAUCAACUGCGACAUAACUUACUGCGACGUUCCCCACUAUCCUUAUCUCCGGCUGUUCGUGAAAUACCACAGUGGCAAGAUCGAGUCGUUUCCCGUGCCUUUCGGAACUGCUGAACACCCUGCAGCAAAUGCUGCUUCUCUUUUGGGAUUUAUUUUUAAUUCUGUUUUAAAAUUAAAUCCUUUAAAAGUCCCUGCCGAUGCAGAAAAGCAAAGACUCGAAGCAGCAGACUCGAAGGCCGCUGACACCAGCAGCAGCAGAUCCCGCAGCGAGGAGCUGUAG